AUGUGCUCCUCCAAGUCAUUCGCUUUCCUUGAAUCAAUCUGGUUCCUAUGUCUAUUUCUCCGCUCUACGGAAGCGCAGACUGCAGCGGCGCACCAGUCAAUUUUCACACUCGAUGCCUUCUCUUUCCAACAAAGCUGCGUCCAAGAUUGCUUCACGACGGGGUACGCCAACAUCGAUUGCUAUACGGACAUGCUUGGGAGUGCGCUCGGGUGCCCGAACAGCCCAUGCAGCAAAACCUGGGCUGCCGUGGAUGAUUGCUACUGCCGUGGAGAUCUGCAGUUGGCAGGUCAUGACUGGCUCUCAUCCUGCAUAGCCGAGUUGUGCACGGUGGGCGACAAUUCCGUCAACCUCGAAAACGCGGUGAGCAUCUACUCAAGCUACUGUACAGACAGAGGUUUCACCGCGCUCCCGGUGCAGAACAUUGCGGAAACAAGUACGAAGAAAACCAAUUCCGCAUCCACCGCCACUACAGCAAAUAGCCAGCCCGGCGAAACAUCCAGUUCUUCCAGCGACUCAUCACAGACAACAUCCACCGCGAGUUCCUCCACGAACAAGACACUGACCAUUGCGCUCGGAGUCGCAUGUGCACUGUUCGUCAUAAUCAGCAUCGUUGCAGGUUUCCUAUUUUGGAAAAUCAGGCGGGACAAGAAGAAGUUAUGGCUAGGUUUAUUGAAAGGAGAUUCAGAGGUACAUCAAGACGAGUCAGCAUCCCAGGUGAAUCAGCCUAGUGUCAUGAUAGGCCCCACCUAUCCACAUUAUGCAGUUCCACCGAGUGCGCUUUCGUCAAAUCGCGCUUAUCAGUCGACGAUCGGGCCAGGGCCGUACUUCCCUCCUCGACAUUAG